UUUCUGGGCCCCGGUCUUCCACAAGUCUCUCUCCAUCUUCGCGUUUCUCUCUCGUCCUCCCUCCACUCCUCUUCAGGCGGCGGUCUAUUUCCUUCUCCGCCGCACUCUCCGCCGCACACUCUUCCACUUCAUCUCGCGGUUUCCCACUCACCCGUUCCCGCUAGCCGCGUCUCUCGAUUCUCGCGCCGCAUUCACUCAAGUUAUCGAGUGAUAUAGUUUCGCCCCUGCUACCAACGUGCUUAUCACUGCGCCGAAUCACUUGCUGCUUGAAGUUUUCUGCUCAUUGCAAGCUUACCGAGCUCCAUGGAUGAAAGGUUACCAAGCUCCAUGGAUGAUAAUGACAAGUUUCACGAGCACAACAUGCCGUCUGGUGUCAUAACGGCAAUAAAGUUUGAUGUUUUAACUGGGGAAGAUAUACGUACGAUCUCUGCUUUGGAGAUUGAGGCAGCCGGGCAGGUCGUCUGUUCUGAUCUCGGACUUCCUAAUUCGUCUGAAGUUUGCACCACAUGUGGUACCAAUGAUAAAAAGCUUUGUGAAGGUCAUUUUGGAGCAAUCAAAUUUCCUUUUUCUAUUGUGCAUCCAUAUUUUAUAUCAGAGGCUGCCGAAAUCUUGAACAAGAUUUGCCCUGCAUGUAAAUCUAUUCGAUGUGAUUUACUGAUCAAGGGUGUUAAAUUUCUUUCGGUAGACAAGAAGCUCAAUGAUUGCAAAUAUUGUUCUGGAAUUAGUAUGGGUCGUUACCCAACAAUGAAAUUCAGAGUUUCCUACAAUAAUCUCUCCAGAAGUCCCGAAAUUAUUUCUGAAAUAAAUGAUACAGCCUCAAAGAAAAAGACUUUGGGGCAAAGACUGGCCGCUGACUAUUGGGAUUUUAUUCCUAACGGCUCUGAAGAAGAGGAAAGUCUUGUCAAUAGAAGGUUAUCACUUUCUCAGGUUCAUCAUUUGUUAAGUGAUGUUGAUCCUGACUUUAUUGAGAAAUAUGUUCCAAGAAAGAGUUUGCUUGAUCUCAAUUACUUCCCUGUGACACCAAAUGGUCAUCGUGUGACAGAGUUCUCUCAUCGACCUUCCAAUGGACCGAAAUUGAGUUUUGAUGACAGGACCAGGGCUUGCAAGAAAUUGGUUGAUUUCAGAGGUCCAGCCGUUGAGUUAAGCUCUCAUGUCAUCAAUUCCCUAAGUCUCUCUAAGCUAAAUCCUGACAAAACACCAAGUAAUAUGUUUACUGAACUCCAGCAAAGAAAGGUUGGAGAAAAUGCUUGCAACUCUUCUGGUUUAAGAUGGAUGAAAGAUGUUGUUCUGGGAAAACGCAAUGAUUGUUCAUUCCGCACUGUAGUUGUUGGUGAUCCAGACCUUGCACUCAGUGAAAUUGGUGUACCUUGUCAAAUUGCAGAAAGUUUGCAAGUUUCUGUGUAUGUGAACAGGGAGAAUAAGAAAAAUUUGCUUGACUGUUGUGAGCUACGCCUGUUAGAGAAGGGACAUUUUAAAGUUUGCAGAAAGGGCAGGCCAGUUGUAUUGUAUAAAAAGAAAGAUCUACAGAUUGGAGACUUACUUUAUAGGCCUCUUACCGAUGGGGAUAAAGUGUUGAUAAAUAGGCCUCCUUCCAUACAUCAACAUUCCAUGAUUUCUCUCUCAGUUAGGGUCCUUCCUAUAUCUUCUGUGGUAUCAAUUAACCCUCUUUGUUGUUCGCCACUGCGUGGGGAUUUUGAUGGUGAUUGCCUACAUGGAUAUAUUCCACAAUCAGUUGCUGCAAGAGUUGAACUUAAUGAACUGGUUGCUUUAGAUAGGCAAUUGAUUAAUGGGCAAAGUGGUCGGAAUCUGCUUUCACUUUCUCAGGAUAGUUUAACUGCUGCAUAUAUGUUGAUGGAAGAUGGGGUCCUUUUGAAUCUUUAUGAGAUUCAACAGCUGCAAAUGUUGUGCGAUAAAAAGUUGACACCACCACCGUCAAUUAUAAAAGCUCCUUCAAGAAAUAACUCAUUGUGGAGUGGAAAGCAAUUAUUCAGCAUGCUCUUGCCUUCUAAUUUUGACUACUCUUUUCCUCCAAAUGGCGUUUCUGUUAGUGAUGGGGAACUUACAUCUUCUUUUGAGUCUUCUGGAUGGUUACGUGAUUCCGAGUGCAACAUUUUCCAGAGACUUGUGGAACGUUUUCAAGAUAAGACAUUAAACCUUUUGUAUGAUGCUCAAAAAGUUCUUUGUGAGUGGUUGUCUAUGACAGGGUUUAGUGUUUCACUCUCGGACCUGUACCUUUCUUCUGACUCAUGUGCACGAGAGAACAUGAUGGAGGAAAUCUCCUAUGGCUUACAAGAAGCAGAGCAGGCAUGCGAUUUCAAUCAGUUAUUGGUGGAUCAUUACUGUGAUUUUCUUUCAGGAAGUCUUCAGGAUAGUGACAAUGUUGCGUCCAUUGAUAUGGAUAGUCUGAAUUAUGAAAAGCACAUAUCUGCUGCUCUCAGUGAAGUGUCGGUUGAUGCUUUUAGACACAUGUUUCGCAAUAUUCAAAGUUUAGUUGAUAAAUAUGCAAGUAAGGGCAAUGCAUUCCUUACUAUGUUUAAGGCUGGAAGCAAAGGUAAUUUACUGAAAUUAGUGCAACAUUCCAUGUGCCUCGGACUGCAGCAUUCUCUGGUUCGCUUGUCAUAUAGAAUGCCCCGUGAACUCUCAUGUGCUGCUUGGAAUAGUGAAAAAGGACUUAAUUCAAUGCCGAUGUUUUCUAAUACUCUUAAAUCUAUCCAGUGUUACAUUCCUCAUGCUGUGGUUGAAAGCUCUUUCUUGACUGGGUUGAAUCCACUUGAAUGUUUUGCUCAUUCAGUGGCAAAUCGUGAUAGCUCUUUCAGUGACAAUGCGGACCUUCCUGGAACAUUGACACGUAGACUUAUGUUCUUCAUGCGUGAUUUGUAUCAGGCAUAUGAUGGAACAGUGAGAAAUUUAUAUGGUAAUCAACUUAUUCAGUUUUCUUAUGAUACUGAUAAGGACUCGUCUUGUGAUAGCGGUUUCCAAGAGGGUACUGUUGGUGGUGAACCUGUUGGAGCACUUUCUGCAUGUGCUAUUUCUGAAGCUGCAUACAGCGCUUUGGGUCAACCAAUUAGUCUGCUUGAAACAUCUCCUUUACUGAAUUUAAAAAAUGUUCUGGAGUGUGGUUCCAGGAAAAAAAGUGGUGACCAGACAGUGUCUUUAUUUUUGUCGGACAAACUUGGUAAACAGAGGUACGGGUUUGAGUAUGCAGCCCUAGAAGUGAAGAAUUAUUUGGAAAGAGUGAUGUUCUCAGACAUUGUUUCUACUGUCAUGAUAAUGUUCACUCCACAGUCUUCCAGCCUGGAAAUUUUCAAUCCUUGGGUUUGCCAUUUUCAUUUAGACAAGGAAAUUGUAGCAAGAAGAAAGUUAACAGUGCAUUCUGUCAUUGAGUCUCUUUACCGGCGAUAUGAAUCCCUAACUAAGGAAUCAAAAGUCACUUUUCCCAAUUUGAAAAUAUCAAGCAACAGGAAGUGCUCUAAGGAAGGUGGAUAUGCUUCUUUAAAUAAAGAAAAGGAGGAUGUAGAUUGCAUCUCUGUCACAAUUGUUGAAAGCUCUAGGAGUUCUGCAAAACUGGAGGCUGUUCGGGACUUGAUGAUACCUUUCCUUCUUGGAACAGUUAUAAAAGGAUUUCUGGAGAUCAAGAAGGUUGAUAUUCUCUGGAGUAAUCGGUCAAAAGUAUCAAAUUCUUAUGCUGGUUCUUCUGGUGAAUUAUACUUGAGGGUUACUAUGUCCAGCGAUGGUGACAGUGGAAGAUUCUGGGGUGUACUGAUUAAUCAUUGUCACAGAAUAAUGCCAAUGAUUGACUGGACACGAAGUCAUCCCGAUAACAUCCAUCAUUUCUGCUCCGCCUAUGGAAUCGAUGCAGGGCGGCAAUAUUUUCUCCACAGUUUGGCAUCUGCAACAACUGAAACUGGCAAGUCAAUCCUUCCUAAGCAUCUGCAUCUUGUUGCCAAUAGUCUGUCAGCUAGUGGAGAGUUUGUGGGAUUGAACGCUAAAGGCAUCGGGCGACAAAGAAAGCAUGCAUCCGUAUCAUCACCCUUUGUGCAAGCAUGCUUUUCUAAUCCAGGUACUUCGUUUAUAAAAGCUGCUAAGUCUGGAGUCUUGGAUGAUCUUCAGGGAUGCCUAGAUGCAUUGGCUUGGGGAAAGUGUAUGUCCAUGGGAACAAGUGGACAGUUUGAUAUCAUGCACUCAGAGAAGGUAGAAGAGUUUCCUGAGUCUGCAGAUGUGUACAGCCUGCUAAUAGCCAACUUUGACCAGCUGAAUGAUAAGGUUGAUAUCCCUCAUUAUCACAACCGCUCAUCAAACAAAUGUGAUUCUGAGUUUAGCCGUAAAAAUGGCGGUUAUGCCCUGAAAGAGUAUAAACAGUCGAAAAGCUUUAUAAGAAAUUUUGUGACUGUAAAUGAUAUUCAGAAACUGGCUUUUGAAUCAAGGUCCAUAUUGAGCAGGUAUUCAAUUGAUCAGGUAAUAAGCGAUCAUGAUAAGAUCACAAUGCUGCGGGUUUUGCAUUUUCAUCCUCGUAAAAAUGAGAAGCUUGGCUGUGGACCAGCGGACAUAAAGGUUGGAUGGCAUCCUGUACAUAAGGAUAGCCGCUGCUUCCAUAUAAUACGAAGUGAUGAAAGUGUUGAAGAUUUUUCAUACCGCAAAUGCAUUCUUCGUGCUCUUGAGAUUGUUGAUCCGGGCAAGUUCAGGAUCCAGAAGAAAAAGUGGCUGGGACAAGAUGACAUUGUUGAACUAAAAAAGAGUCAGAAGACAAAUCAUUAGUAGAGAGGCACAGUUGUUUUUUGUGUGAGUUGAGAGUUGUCAUUGGCAUUACUCUAGCUAAAUGGUGAACAAUCUGGAGCCAUCUUGUGUUGUGUAUUAUUCAAUGUUAGAGGUAGUACAGAAGAUGAAAGGGGAUAGUAGUACAUUUUCAUUCUUAUUAACUUUUCUCUUUUUAUCAUAAAGAUGGAGGGGGUGCUUACCCUUAGCUUCUUUUUGCUACUUCCACUAAUACUUUAUUUGCCUCCGAUUACGUCAGGCAAAGAAAGAUCUAGUGGAAGUAGCAACGAGGAGCUUGUCAAGACUUAUACCCCAUACCAGAUGUAUUGAAUAUGUAAGCUGUUAAAUGUAAUAUCUGUUUAGGUUGUGUCGUUCAA